GCCGCCAGCAGCAGCAGCAAACACCACAGAGACUCCGAAUCACCGUCCAGUCUCAUUUCCAGAGGGAAGAUAAUGCCUUUUAAAUCACACUGGACUUUUGCUUUCCUUAUCCUUACUGUGAGCUGCUGUUUUGCCGACGAUGAUCACGAAAUGGAAGAGUUUCUGAAGCGGGAGUAUUCCCUCUCCAAGCCUUAUCAAGGUGUGGGAUCCUCAGGCUCCUCCCACUGGGAGCUGAUGGGGGAUGCCAUGGUAACCACCGAACAGGUGCGCCUCACACCUGACAUGCAGAGCAGGCAGGGGGCAGUAUGGAGCCGCAUUCCAUGCCAUCUGAAGGACUGGGAGAUGCAGGUGCAUUUUAAGAUUCACGGGCAAGGAAAGAAGAACCUGAAUGGUGACGGGCUGGCCAUUUGGUACACUAAGGAACGCAUGCAGAAAGGUCCUGUAUUUGGAAAUGUGGACAACUUCACUGGGUUGGGUGUGUUUGUGGACACGUAUCCCAAUGAGGAGAAACACAUAGAGAGGAUUUUCCCCUUCGUUCUGGCCAUGGUGGGAAACGGCAGCAUCAGCUACGACCACGAGCGAGAUGGUCGUCCCACAGAGCUGGGCGGCUGUAAUGCCAUGGUGCGAAACCUCAAACAUGACACUUUCCUCUUCAUCCGAUACAUCCGCCGCAGGCUCACGGUGAUGAUAGAUAUCGACGGGCAGCAUGAGUGGAGGGACUGCCUGGACAUACCUGGGGUGCGGCUGCCCCAAGGCUAUUAUUUUGGAGCUACAGCCAUCACUGGAGAUCUCUCAGAUAACCAUGACAUAAUUUCCCUGAAACUGUACCAACUCACUGUGUUGCGGAGUCCAAAGGAAGAGGAAGAGGAGGAGGAAGACGAAAUAACCAUACCCAGUGUAGAUAACAUGGAGCUCCUCAGAAUGGGCGAGAGCGAAGAGGGGAUGAGUGGAAUAGCUAUAUUCUUCACCGUGCUCUUCUCCAUGCUGGGCUGCAUCUUCCUCAUCGUCAUUGGCCUGGUUGUGUACAGCCACUGGAACGAGAGCCGACGCAAGCGCUUCUACUGAGGAAGAGGAAGACGGAGAAAGGGGGAUGGUGAUCGUGGUAACUACUGAGGUCCGCGGACCCAGCUGCACAAAAGUGAGACACUGCUGUCGGCCAGUAGAGCGCAGUAGCUUCUUUUAUCCUGACAGGAGGUGGAGUAGAUGUAUCACCUGCGACACAAAGCCAUUCUCCAACUCUGCCAUUGGUAGUCAUGAAGCAGUAGGAGGACUUUAUUUUACCCUUCGUCCUCAGCCCCUGCCUGACACUCACCAACUCGGCCUUACCAUCUCCACCUCUGUACUCGUUACACAGCAGACGUGCAGUACAGUGUAUUACAUGACUUCUUGUGAGCAGCUGCUUUUUAUUUUUUGUUACCUUUCGCCACAUUUGACGAAUAUGGGAAAAAAAAACUAAAGCUUGGUUCACUGAUGUUGAUUUUAUUGCUAAGAGAAAUAUAAAUACAUAAGUAUCUGAUUGUUCCUACUCAAGACUCAUGAACCAAACAACACUAAAAACCACUGAUGCCAUCUUUACUGAACAAAGAUGCUUCUCUACUCCUCGCAUUAGAAAAACCUCUCAGUGCUCUGUACUCAAUCAUUUUGACUUUGUGUACUAUUUAACGUACUAUAUAUUAUUAUCCUGUAGUUGCUGUAGUAUGCAUGACAUCCGUUGAGGUCAUCCCACUGUUUUUUUGUUUUUACAUUAUGCUUUACUGCUUGAUGUGUUUGUGUGCAGCAUAUGAAAAACUGACCUCUGCCUCAUUGGUGCAUGUGCUGAUGGCAAAGAUUUGGGUGUUUCAGGGAUUAAUUUAGUGUAAAAUUAAAUGGAAAUUUUUAUUUUUUAUCAGUAUUGGUUUUCCACAAAAUGUUUAUAUAUACUUUAACAGUGUGCGUUUCCCCUGAUUUGAAUAAUAAUAACGUAUUUGAGGAAGUGGAUCAAAUUUCUUGAUCAGUUUACAGCAAAUUUCUCUAAAGAGAUUUUAAAUAUGAUACAUUUAAAUUUUAGAAAUGAACCUUUGCACUGAAGGGAGGGCUGAGGGUGGUUAAAUAGAAUUUUAAUGACAACUCAUUUAUCACUUUUUGUUUGUGUUUCUUGUAACAUGUAAACACAUUACAUGUUCUUCUGUUAAAUGUGUCACACAGUGUAUGUUUUUGCAGUGAACUGCUGGUUGGGGCUCUGGUGUUGGCCAGCUGUUGUUGACUCAUCCUCAUCUUCCUCUAUAUGUUCUUCCUCAUGUCAACAUCAUAGAUCUUUUAUGUAGUGCUUUGUUUUUGACUGUGCAAUUUAUGAGGACACCCUCGUUUCCUCAUUUCCUGUAGCCACUUUUACAGCCGCCCUACCUUAUUUAUACUCUGUUGUUUGUUUCGUAUGAAAACUGUGCCUCAUUAUUCAUUCAGUGACCCACAAAUUAUGUUUUAUAACCAUUUUAUCUCGUUUCUUCCUUCAAACCUAUUUGAAUUGCCUCAUUAGACCUACAUAGAUAUUGUUGUUUAUGACCUCUGGGUUCUACAGUGGGUUAUGUACAUAACAGUAACACACAGAGUACUUCAAGUAACCUUAGUUGUUCUACAUUUAUGAAUGAAAUACUCAUGUUUCUAGCUGAAGCACAGAGAAAAAGGUUUAGGAAUAGACCGCCUUUUUCAAAUAUAUUCUUACAAACUGCAAUACAGAAACCUCAUGAUCAGACUUUUUGAACUUUUAGUGAGUUAGGACAAGAGGUUGUGUGUUAUCCUAAUUAUUGGAUGACAUAACAUCCCGUCAAUAAUUAAGACCAACUGCCUGAGGUGCUUCUCCCAGCCGUGUGACAGUCCUCCAGAUCAAUUUUUCAGCUUUGUCACAUGCUGAGGUGGGGCACCAUUUUCACUCUGAAGUCCAUAAAGUCCAUCACCCUUUGAGCACAUGAGACAUGACGAAGCUUUUUUUUCCUCAAGUUUUAAAAAUGUUUAAGACAAAAUACAAGGAUCCUGCAAAUGGCUACUUGUAGUUAAAUGCAUGAAUUCAGAACAUUUUAUGGCAAGAAAUAGCAAGAGUCAGUCAGUUGAGUGUCAAUGUUUGUUUUAUUAAAAAAAUAAAAUACAAAUGAUGA